GUCGUUGUUAGUUAACCUAAGUCUUUCAAAGGGACCGGUUUAAAAAUGAAUCGGCUAAAUCAACGUUCUAAUUAUCGGUUCGCGCUAACAUUCGUAUUUAUUAGUCUUCUGCAAUUAUCAAAUUGUGAGAAAGUUGACGUAGCAACUUACUGUACAAACGUUCGUCAAACAUUUGUGUGCACCGGCCUGGACUUUGGUUCUACAGACAUAACAGAAUUAGAGUUGGUGGCAAACGAGAAAUAUCUCGAACAAUCGAUUUAUUUUGGAGAGUCAAAUUUGACAACCAUCCCCAAAAACCUAUUCGCAGCAUUUCCAUUGGCACAUAAUAUUGAAUUUGAAAAUUGCGGAAUCAAAUCGGUGUACAAAUGGAAUUUUGUGAACGGUGAAACCGCGGAUACGCUCAACUUGCAUUCAAAUCAAAUUCAACAACUUUCAAGUGAAGUGUUUGCGAAUAUGGACAGUUUAAAUGCACUCAAUCUGCAGAAUAAUUUGAUAAAUGAAUUUGAUUCUGAUAGUUUCAAAGGACUUCCAAGAUUGACAAAAUUAUUUUUAAGUAAAAACAACAUCACCCGAAUACCAACGGGUCUAUUUAGUCCAUUGGUAGCACUCGAAGAAAUCUACCUGGAUGACAACCACAUUGAAGUGAUAGAUGACGAUGUUUUUCGAUUUAACAUCGAACUCCGUUCCAUUAAUUUCGGUAAAAAUAAAAUAUUUUCUUUUUCGAAAAGCAUUGUUCGUUGGUUGGGCCACCCAUAUGAGCUGGAUGUUUCGCAUAAUCCAAUUGAAGAGUUAAAUCUUAUAAAUUCUGACCGCUUGAUACUAUCGCAUACAAAAUUGACAACUUUACGCCUUACAAAUAAUGUUUACGGUGUGGUUGCCACGCACACUCCAAUAGCUGAAGUCGUGUUCACCAAUGCUAUGGAUAUUCAAAAGUUGGACUUAAGCUACAACCGAAUCUCAGACAUAAGUAACAUAACCAGAAACGGCUUUUACAUUUGGUAUCUCGAUCUUUCACACAAUCCAAUUGGUCAUAUUAAUGUUAAAGCAUUUUCGAAAUUAACAUCGCUGCGUGAGCUGUACUUGUCGGGAACUAAUCUUCUGGGAUUGGAUUUUGGAUCAUUCCCGUAUAGUAGCCCGCAUGGAGAGAUGCAGUUGAAUAUUUUAGACUUAUCGUACAACAAUCUCAAGCAUUUUGACGUCGAGAUCUUGUCAUAUCAAAGCAAUUUACAGUCUUUGUAUCUCGACGGUAAUCAAUUAUCAGAACUAAGUCAUGUUAAUCUUAAAGAAUAUUUCAAUAAUUUAAGUGAAAUUGGACUUUCGCAUAACAAUUGGAACUGUACCUUCCUAAGAAGUAUGAUCACACAUUUACACCGUAAGUCUAUUGAGCUUAGAGUAGAUGAAAUUGCUCACAAUUCAACGAUCAAUAUAAUUGGAGGAAUAGAAUGUUUUGAUGUUGAAACCACUACUCAGUCUGGUUUUUUAAUCUAAGGCAAUGAAUUUGAUCUGCGAAUACCAGAACAGAAACACAAAUUUGAAAUUUAUUUUUUUUUUCUUAUCAAUAA